AUGGUUCUCCAAUUCUUUUCCAAAUCGCCGUCGCCCGACAAGACCAAAGACAAAAAGGAAAAGGAAAAGGAAAGAGAAAGAACAAAAGACAGGAGCAAGAGCAGAAAAGACGCUGCCAAGGACAAGCAAGAAAAAAAACCUGCCAAAAAGUCGCGCGAGAAACAACCGCCCAAUCUCACCACCACCACCAGCACCUCCUCCACCACCAUCCCCCAGCUCACCCCCGACCAGCACCACGACGACGACAACGACGACGAUUACGACUUUUCGGCGUCUUCAUCGCCUCAGAAAUCCGCGUCGACUUCACCGCGCAAGUCCUCCAAGCCGCCGUCGCUCUCGUUCCGCCAGCACAGCCGCUCGUCGUCGGCUGCCUCGUCCAAGUACAAUCUCUUCUCGGCCAACAGCCGCAGUUCGCAAAGCCGGGACUCGCACCCGCUCAACCUGCCGCCCGACGAGCUCCGUCGACAACUGUUCGCCAUGACUGCCGCGAGAGAAGACAGCAUGCGGAGCUCCAUGGACCUCGACCGCGAUGCCACCGCCUCGCCGCAGCCUGCAGACGCUCCCACCCCGAUGAGCAGCACAGCUUCCAACGGCCUGCCCAACGGCGGCGACGCCGAGCGCAGUCCGACCCCGCCGCCUCAUCGCGCAAGCCCGCCUAUCAGUGAUGGAGGCGAGUCCUUUAAACUGGCCGGAAACAAGUUCUUCAAGCAGGGCGAGUACGACCGAGCCAUCCAGGAGUAUAACAAAGCCCUCGAGGUAACCCCCAACUCGUCCAUAUUCCUCUCCAACCGUGCCGCCGCCUUUUUGGCUGCAAACCGCUUCCUGGAGGCCCUGGAAGACGCACAGCGUGCCCUCGAACUCGAUCCGGGCAACCCCAAGAUCAUGCACCGCAUGGCCCGCAUUCUGACCAACCUGGGACGACCUGCAGAAGCCCUGGAUGUCUUGUCAAACGUCCAGCCCCCGGCCACGGCCAAGGACCGUUCCGCGCCAGAGACCAUGCUCAAACACAUCACACAGGCCGAGCAGUCAUUGAGCGAGGGCAAGGGCGGCUCAUUGGUCGUGUUUGCCAUUGAGCAAGCACGCCAAAUGCUCGGCUCAGGAGUAAAGACUCCUCGCAAGUGGACUCUGAUGACGGGCGAGGCCCAGUUGCUGAUUGGCAACGACAACGCCUACGGCAAAGCACACGACGUGGCAAUCUCGCUGCUGCGCGAGAACAACCAGGACCCAGACGCCCUGCUUCUCCGAGCCAGAGCCUACUACGGCCAGGGAGAGAACGACUCGGCCAUAAAAUACUUGAAGAUGUGUCUCGGUUUGGAUCCCGACAGCAAACAGGCCAUCAAACUGCUUCGCCAAGUGCAAAAGCUGGUGCGCACCAAGGACGAGGGCAAUGCCGCCUUCAAGGCCAAGAACUACCAGCGCGCAGUAGACCUCUACUCGCAGGGUCUUGAAAUCGACCGUACCAACAAGGACAUCAACUCGAAGCUGCUGAACAACCGAGCACAGGCCCGCCAUGCGCUCAAGGACUACGACAAGGCCAUUGAAGACUGCACCGAGGCUCUCCGCCUGGACCCGAGCUACGUCAAAGCACAGAAGAUCCGAGCCAAGGCUUAUGGUGCGGCCGGAAACUGGGAGGAGGCCGUCAAGGACUACAAGAACGUUGCCGAAGCCAACCCCGGUGAAAAGGGCAUUCAGGAGGACAUCCGCCAUGCCGAGUUUGAGCUCAAGAAGAGCAAACGAAAGGACUACUACAAGAUGCUUGGCGUGACCAAGGAUGCUUCUGACACGGAUAUCAAGAAAGCCUACCGAAAAAUGGCCAUCCAGUACCACCCUGACAAAAACCCAGACUCAACCGACGAGAUGUUCAAAGAGAUUGGUGAGGCAUAUGAGACUUUGAUCGAUCCUCAGAAACGCGCUGCUUACGAUAACGGCGACGACCUCAUGGACCCUGCCGACAUGUUUGGCCACGGUGGCGGCUCUCCGUUUGGCGGAAUGGGAGGAAUGCCAGGUGGCAUGGGAGGAGGCGGCAUGCACGGCGUCAAUAUCGACCCGAACAUCCUCUUCAACAUGAUGAACGGCGGAGGCGGCGGGUUCGCCCAUGCUGGCGGCAAUCCGUUUGCUGGAGCCCAAGGCCGGGGCGGUGGCUUCCAGAACUUUCAGUUUUAA